GAGGCAGCAUGUGCCUAUGUGAUCAUUCUGAUGGCAGUGUACUGGUGUACAGAAGCCUUACCACUGGCUGUCACUGCCCUGCUUCCCGCUGUCCUCUUCCCCAUGUUUGGCAUCAUGCAAUCCAAAGACGUAAGACAGCCUCUAUUGCAAGCCGUGAAGACAUCUUUCAAUAACAUGAUCAAUGAAACUACUAUAAAACUGUACUAAUCAAACUGUACUAUAGUAGCCUACUGAUAUUCAAUAUACUUCACGGUGGUGUCUGCACAUUGUUUUAGUAGAUACAGUAUUGGUAGAUGUUUGCAUGUGCAUACACAAAUACACUGUGGACCCAUGAGUCACUUGUCUGUGGGUGUCUUCCAGGUGUGUAUGCAGUACCUGAAGGACACCAACAUGCUGUUUGUGGGAGGACUGAUGGUGGCGGUGGCAGUGGAGCACUGGAACCUGCACAAACGCAUUGCCCUCCGAGUGCUGCUCUUUGUAGGGGUGCGCCCCGCUCUGUAAGUGACCCUCAACUAACUAACUAACUAACUAACUAACUAACUAACUAACUAACUAACUAACUAACUAACCCAUCAAUACAAAUCCCCUGCUAUGUUUGGGACUAUAUCAAUCUCUAGAUAAGGGAAAUCAGUUAAUCUUUAUGACUAUCUAUAUUGUAUUGACCUUGCCAUUAUACAUGUGGAAAUAUUACCUAACGUUUCACUCUCUCUGUGUCAGAGGGUAUUCUGCCUUUUACUUGGUCUGAUCCAUCUCAGUAAAGCCCUUUGAGAGACUUUGACAAUUUUAUGCAUACCCUCUUAGAAAAAAAGGUGCUAUCUAGAACCUAAAAGGGUUAUUCGGCUGUCCGCAUAGGAGAAUCCUUUAAAGAACCCUUUUUGGUUCUAGGUAGAACCCUUUUGGUUCCAGGUAGAACCCUUUUGAGUUCCAUGUAGAACAAUUUCCAGAGGGUUCUACAUGGAACCCAACAUAGUUCUAACUGGAACCAAAAAGGUUUCUAAUUGGAACCAAAAAGGGGUCUCCUAUGGGGACUGCCGAAGAACCCUUUUGGAUCCCUUUUUUCUAAGAUUGUAGAUGAAUAUAACAUUUUAUAAACCUUGUUAUAAGACCUUCUACAAGCUCAUACGUGCUUAUAACAAGUUAUAAAGUAUUAAACCUGUAUGCUAUGCUUUAAGUGAAGUGUUACAUAAUAUUCGUAUUCCACAUUUCUUUGCUGAGGCCUGUGUUUCCUCCAUAUAGGUCCUGUAAUUCCUAUGAUUCUCUAUGUCUUCUAUGGUUUCCUCAAUUUCCAGUCUCAUGCUGGGCUUCAUGGGGGUGACAGCCUUCCUGUCCAUGUGGAUCAGUAACACAGCCACCACAGCCAUGAUGGUGCCCAUCGUCCAGGCUGUUCUUGAGCAGCUCAACAACUACUCAGAGACUGAGAUGCCUGUGAUCCUCAGCACUGAGGAGGACACCCAGCCUCAGGACACCACUGACAGCAAACAAACAGAGAAACAGACAGAGGGACAUGGUGAGCACUGAGCAGAGAAGGACAAAUUAAUGAACAGUUCAUUUGUGAGUUUAUUGAAAGGGGUUAUUAUCCAUUGAAUGAACUCGGGGACCAUGUAAGCUUAUUAGGGAGCAUAUGUAUGAGCAGUGUGCAUUGCAAAUUAGUUUUCUUUGCUUUGAGAUUAUUUGGGCUAUGUUAAUGUUCCUAUUUGGACUGUGUUUGUCCAGUUGUGGUGACCUGUUUAGACCCGUUUAUGGAGGCAAUCCGGCGUAAGGAGGCUGCAGACAAGAAGAAGAUGUGUAAGGGCAUGACGCUGUGUGUCUGCUACGCUGCCAGCAUUGGGGGCACCGCCACCCUCACAGGGACUGGCCCCAACCUGGUGCUCAAGGGCCAGAUGAACCAGUGGGUACCUUCAGCUAUGGAUUGUGUCCUCAGUGUAUUUCAGUAUCGUUCAAAUCAUAUUUUUCUUUAUGUGCUAAUGUUAAUAAUAUUUCAUGUUUCCCUCAAGGCUGUUUCCUAACAAUGGAGAUGUCAUCAAUUUUGCGUCCUGGUUCGGCUUUGCUUUCCCCAACAUGAUCCUGAUGCUGACCCUGGCUUGGCUCUGGCUGCAGUUUGUCUUCAUGGGAUUCAAGUGAGUUUCAGAUUAAAAGAAGAUGUUUUAUCUUUCAGUCAGAGAUCAUCCUACUGAAUUCAGUUUACUACUGAAGUCACCCUUUAAGCCUUAACCCCUUUCUCUUCCUCCAUUCCCAGUUUUAAGAAGACGUGGGGCUGUGGGGCAGCGAAGACAGAGAAAGAGAUAGCUGUGUAUAAUGUGAUCAAGGAGCAGCAUCGUCAGCUGGGCUCCAUGUCUUUUGGAGAGCUGAGUGUGCUGGGUCUGUUCAGUUGUCUUGUGGUUCUGUGGUUCACCAGAGAUCCUGGCUUCGUGGCAGGCUGGGCCACAUACAUCUUCAACGCUGAUGCAGAGUACGGCCCUCUACUGUUUAUAAAUACUACACUGUACAUGCACAGCAUAUUACACAGGCCUAGUAUGCUUUCCAAAUGGCAUCCUAUUCCCUUUAUAGUGCACUGCUUUGGACCAGGGCCCAUUUAGCUCUGGUCUAAAGUAGUGGGCCAUAAAGGGAAAAGGGUGCCAUUUGAGACGCAACCCUAUUAGGGAAAAGGGUGCCAUUUGAGACGCAACCCUAAUCAAUACAAAGAAGACAUGAGACUGUUACAAAAACAUUAGAUUGACACUAUAUAUACAAAAGUAUGUGGCACCCCUUCAAAUUAGUGGAUUCGGCUAUUUCAGCCACACCCGUUGCUGACAAGUGUAUUAAAUCAAGAACACAUCCAUUGAAUCUCCAUAGAUAAACAUUGGCAGUAGAAUGGCCAUACUGAAGAGCACAAUGACUUUCAACGUGGCACUGUCAUAGGAUGCCACCUUUCCAACAAGUCAGUUCGUCAAAUUUCUGCCCUGCCAGAGCUGCCCCGGUCAACUGUAAGUGCUGUUAUUGUGAAGUGGAAACGUCUAGGAGCAAUAUCGGAUCAGCUGCGAAGUGGUAGGCCACACAAGCUCACAGAACGGGACCGCCGAGUGCUGAAGUGUGUAGCGCGUAAAAAUUGUCUGUCCUCGGUUGCAACACUCACUACCGAGUUCCAAACUGCCUCUGGAAGCAACGUCAGCACAAUAACUGUUAAUUGGGAGCUUCAUGAAAUGUGCUUCCAUGGCCGAGCAGCCGCACACAAGCAUAAGAUCACCAUGCGCAAUGGCAAGCGUAGGCUAGAGUGGUGUAAAGCUUGCUGCCAUUGGACUCUGGAGCAGUGGAAACGCGUUCUCUGGAGUGAUGAAUCACGCUUCACCAUCUGGCAGUCCGACGGACUAAUCUGGGUUUGGCGGAUGCCAGGAGAACGCUACCUGCUCCAAUGCAUAGUGCCAACUGUAACGUUUGGUGAAAGAGGAAUAAUGGUCUGGGGCUGUUUUUCAUGGUUCGGGCUAGACCCCUUAUUUUCCAGUGAAGGUAAAUCUUAACGCUAUAGCAUACAAUUACAUUGUAGACGAUUCUGUGCUUCCAAAUUUGUGGCAACAGUUUGGGGAAGGCCCUUUCUUGUUUCAGCAUGACAAUGCCCCCGUGCACAAAGCGAGGUCCGUACAGAAAUGGUUUGUCAUGAUCGGUGUGGAAGAACUUGACUGGCCUGCACAGGGCCCUGACCUCAACCCCAUCAAACACCUUUGGGAUGAAUUAGAACGCUGACUGCGAGCCAGGCCUAAUCACCCAACAUCAGUGCCCGACCUCACUAAUGCUCUUGUGGCUGAAUGGAAGCAAAUCCCCGCAGCAAUGCUCCAACAUCUAGUGGAAAGCCUUCCCAGAAGAGUGGAGGUUGUUAUAGCAGCAAAGGGGGGACCAACUCCAUAUUAAUGCCUAUGAUUUUGGAAUGAGAUGUUCAGAUGUCCACAUACUUUUGGUCAUGUAGUGUAUCUCACUUCCCACAUACUUCAACACUUCACAAGAAAAAAUAAGCAAGAAAACAUCAAUUGUGUGUCUGAAUGUUGAAAGAUAGGGUGACUAUCUUUAUCCGUUCUUCCCUCCAGGUAUGUAACUGAUGCCACAGUGGCAUUGUUCAUCGCUGUCCUUCUCUUUGUCCUGCCUUCCAAGGCCCCACGCUUCUGCUGCAGGAGGUCCCAAAGCUUUGACACUGGUAAACCAUGUUUAGUACCUGAUCUUGAGUAUGCUACUUUAGUAUCUAAGGAUAUGAAGACUUGAAGACCAUUACAAUGGCAUGUCUGUAACAGUGAUUUGUUAACCCCUCUACAGAGCACCAGCACCUGGCUGGCCCCACACCAGCUCUGCUUACCUGGAAGGUGGCCCAGAAGAAGUUACCCUGGAGCAUCGUUCUCCUCUUGGGGGGAGGGUUCGCCCUGGCGAAGGGCAGCGAGGUGAGAGACAGGGCCUGUAUGUACAUACAGAUGUAGGAUUACCUUGUUACAGGAGAACUUUCCUGACAUGCAGGAAAUGUAAAACAUGCAGUGUAUUUGAGGUUUUAAAAGGCUUCUGAAGUUUGUACGAAAAAUGUAUCAACCCCUACAAAAAGUAUUAUUUCUCUGCUGUAGCAAACUGGCUCAAAUUAAGAUUCUAUAUCUGUACAGUGUAAUCAUUGGUUGAUUUCCACAGAAACAUUUUAACCAAAACAGUCAGAUUCCCACUGAGAACUGAAUCAUCCCACAUUUCAUCAGGAUCUUUGUGACAAAUUUACAUUUUUGAUUUGUCAACACAGCUCCACCCUGUUCACUUCCCAAGUACGAUCACACAUAUGGCAUAUCAUGUGGGAUCACACUGGUGACAUAUCAGCUGCUUACUUAGUCAUGUCAGUGGAAAUUAGUACACUAAAAUCCACCUUUCUGUCUUUGCAUACUGUACACAGUAUGUACAGGUAACUGCCAAAAUAAAGGAAAAUGAAAUACCAACAUAAAGUGUCUUAAUAGGGCGUUGGGCCACCACGAGCACAAUGCACAUUGGCAUAGUUUCUACAAGUGUCUAGAACUCUAUUGGUGGGAUGCGACACCAUUCUUCCAUGAGAAAUUCCAUAAUUUGGUGUUUUGUUGAUGGUGGUGGAAAACACUGUCUAUGGCGCCGCUCCAGAAUCUCCCAUAUGUGUUCAAUUGGGUUGAGAUCUGGUGACUAGACACACACACACACACACACACACACACACACACACACAAAUACACACACACACACACACAAAUACAAAUACACACACACACACACACACACUUUGAACCCCGUAUGCUCCUUUGAGACCCCUCUUUCAAAGUCACAGAUCUCUUCUUCUAACCAUGGUAGCCAUAAUAAUGGGCAACUGGGCAUUUUUAUACAUGACCCUAAGCAUGAUGGAAUGUUAAUUGCUUGUUUAACUCAGGAACCAAACCUGUGUGGAAGCACCUGCUUUCAACAUACUUUAUAUCCCUCAUUUACUCAAAUGUUUCCUUUAUUUUGGCAGUUGCCUGUACAUCUGUAGAUGUACAGUACCAGUCAAAAAUAUGGACACACCUACUCAUUCAAGGGUUUUUCUUUAUUUUUACUAUUUACUACAUUGUAGAAUAAUAGUGAAGACAUCAAAACUAUGAAAUAACACAUAUGGAAUCAUGUAGUAACCAAAAAAUUGUUCAACAAAUCAAAAUAUAUUUGAUAUUUUAGAUUCUUCAAAGUAGCCACCCUUUGCCUUGAUGAAAGCUUUGCACACUCUUGGCAUUCUCUCAACCUGCUUCAUGAGGUAGUCACCUGGAAUGCAUUUCAAUUAACAGGUGUGCCUUGUUAAAAGUUAAUUUGUGGAAUGUCUUUCCUUCUUAAUGCGUUUGAGCCAAUCAGUUGUGUUGUGACAAGGUAGGGGGGGUAUACAGAUGAUAGCCCUAUUUGGUAAAAGACCAAGUCCAUAUUAUGGCAAGAACAGCUCAAAUAAGCAAAGAGAAACGACAGUCCAUCAUUACUUUAAGACAUGAAGGUCAGUCAAUACGGAACAUUUCAAGAUUUUGAACGUUUCUUCAAGUGCAGUCGCAAAAACCAUCAAGCGCUAUGAUGAAACUGGCUCUCAUGAGGACCGCCACAGAAAUGGAAGACCCAGAGUUACCUCUGCUGCAGAGGAUAAGUUCAUUAGAGUUACCAGCCUCAGAAAUUGCAGGCCAAAUAAAUGCUUCACAGAGUUCAAGUAACAGACACAUCUCAACAUCAACUGUUCAGAGGGGACUGUGUGAAUCAGGCCAUCAUGGUUGAAUUGCUGCAAAGAAACCACUACUAAAGGACACCAAUAAUAAGAAGAGACCUGCUUGGGCUAAGAAAUACGAGCAAUGGACAUUAGACCGGUGGAAAUGUGUCCUUUGGUCUGGAGUCCAAAUUGGAGAUUUCUGGUUCCAACCACUGUGUCUUUGUGAGACGCAGAGUAGGUGAACGGAUGAUCUCUGCAUGUGUGGUUCCCACCAUGAAGCAUGGAGGAGGAGGUGUGAUGGUGUGGGGGUUGCUUUGCUGGUGACACUGUCAGUAAUUUAUUUAGAAUUCAAGGUACACUUAACCAGCAUGGCUACCACAGCAUUCUGCAGCGAUACGCCAUCCCAUCUGGUUUGGCUUAGUGGGACUAUCAUUUGUUUUUCAACAGGACAAUAACCCAAAACACACCUCCAGGCUGUGUAAGGGCUAUUUGACCAAGAAGGAGAGUGAUGGAGGGCUGCAUCAGAUGACCUGGCCUCCACAAUCACCCGACCUCAACCCAAUUGAGAUGGUUUGGGAUGAGUUGGACCACAGAGUGAAGGAAAAUCAGCCAACAAGUGCUCAGCAUAUGUGGGAAUUCCUUCAAGACUGUUGGAAAAGCAUUCCUCAUGAAGCUGGUUGAGAGAAUGCCAAGAGUGUGCAAAGCUGUCAUCAAGGCAAAGGGUGGCUACUUUGAAGAAUCUAAAAUAUCAAAUAUAUUGUGAUUUGUUUAACACUUUUUUGGUUACUACAUGAUUCCAUAUGUGUUAUUUAAUAGUUUUGAUGUCUUCACUAUUAUUCUACAAUGUAGAAAAUAGCAAAAAUAAAGAAAAACCCUGGAAUGAGUAGGUGUGUCCAAACUUUUGACUGGUACUGUAUAUGGAUCUGGUAAUGUAUCCGACACCAUAAGAAGAGUGUCAUGGUUGUUUGAGACUGAUUGUGUGGUUAUGGUUAUGUAUGUGCCCCUGUAGGAGUCAGGUCUGUCUAAGUGGAUGGGGGACCAGAUGACUCCCCUCCACACCAUCCCACCCUGGGCCAUCGCUAUCAUCCUGUGUCUGCUGAUCGCCAUCUUCACAGAGUGCACCAGUAACGUAGCCACUGCCACUCUCUUCCUACCUGUCCUCGCCUCAAUGGUAAGACUCAACACACAGCUCUGUAAUAAUAACACAAUACUAGGCCCUACUACACAAUACUACACUACUACACACCACUACAAUACUACACAAUACUACAAUACUACACAAUACUACAAUACGACACUAUGCUACACUACUACACUACAGUAUUACACAACUGGAAGCAGGAAUACAAUAGCUGUCCAGUCUGGUAAACUGCUCUGACACUCAGACGUGUACAGUACAUGCAGAAGCAGUAGUAGACUACUUGCAAUGGGCUGCAACACUGUAGCUCCUUGAUGUGAAGUACAGUACUUACCAAUCUCCCCUAUAGGAGUGCAGCAUGGAAACUACUACCAGUGGAAGCUGGGCUACAUGUCCUUGUUUGGCUGCACUGGCCUGUAGUUGUUAGACAAUACAUUUGGUCCCCUUACCUGGGCUCUUCCUUCUAUAGCCACCCUGCCAAACACACCAAUUGAGCUUCGUGGCUUGUCCUGGUGCCCACCCCCAUCCACACUGACGAAUGGUAUCACUGUGCCCAGUGCCCAAGCACUCAGAGAGGACCCAAGCUGGGCAAUGCCGGAAUGUGCCAAGCUGAGGUAUAGAGAGAGGGAUUUAUUGAGGUCAAAGCCAACAGGAGUGCAUGAAGAUGACAUAAGUGUAGAAAAGGGUGAGUGAAAGAGGGAGAAUGAUACUGUAGGAAGAAAAAUGGGGUUAGUGAACCAACUACUACUUACAGGGAAGUCUGGGAAAGAGAGGCUGCUAGGACGUGUGCUUUUGUUUCUAGCUGCUUGAAUCCAACUAAAUGAUAUAACAUCCAUUAUAUCCGUUGUGGAAGAGCAUGACAGAGGGAUGAGAAUUCUGACAUGAAAGAUAAUCUCAGCCAGUAUUCAUUUUCAAACUAAUUACUGUCGUGUGAAUUCUUUUGGGAGACUAAACAACUCUUCAGAGGCUUACAUUUUAAUCUUUGUUCUGCUAUUACAUUGUGGUUCUACACCGUUCUCGAGACAUCUGUGGUGCGUUUCCAUUUUGCCUGCCAUGACUCAGACCCCAAACAACAUAGCAUGCAUAAGAAUUACAUCUUAAUUGCACACGCCUAAUGGACGAUUCUGAACCCUAGAAUUACAAAUACUAAAAUCAGAGUUAUGAGCAAGUAAUUACGGUGCAGAAAAGCAUCAGAGCAGACUAGAGUGUUGUCAUUAGGUAUGCGUCCCAAAUGGAACCCUAUUCCCUAUAUAGUGCACUACUUUUGACUAGGGUGCAUGGCCUCUGGUCAAAAGUAGUGCACUAUGUAGGGAAAAGGGUGCCAUUUGGGACUCACUCUAGGAGUCUCCUCCUUAGCCCAGGCUCAGACAGCUGAAGAUGUGUGUCUGUGUGUUUAUUUCAGUCCCAGUCCAUUGGAAUGAAUCCUCUGUACGUCAUGGUGCCUUGUACUCUCAGUGCGUCCUUUGCCUUCAUGCUACCUGUGGCCACACCGCCCAAUGCUAUCGUCUUCUCAUUUGGCUACCUCAAGGUUUCUGACAUGGUGAGUUACAGUACACCAUUUUACAAAGUGAAUAAUAUCUACUGCAUUGUCAAUCUUAUUAUUAAUUAACAAAAAUAAAUAAUAACAAAAAAUCCUCAUCAAUUUAGGAAACGUCUUAUAGUGCCAUUUACUAAUAAUUUGGUGACAGUCCUAUAGCUAAUUUGAUUGCCUUUUUUCAGUAUCAAUGAUUGCUAACAGACCCUGAAAUCACACCCAGUUGUACCUCCCCUCUCUCUCUCUCCCAGGCUAGGACAGGUAUAGUGAUGAACAUCAUCGGUAUCCUGUGCAUUACUCUGGCCAUCAAUAGCUGGGGCAGGGCCAUGUUCCACCUAGACACCUUCCCUACCUGGGCCAACACUACUGGGGUGUGAGGACCUCGAGCGGCCCCGGGCCAGGCCAUGGGGAACACAUGGAGGGCACCUUAUGUGCUAGGGAUCUCUGGAGAGAAGAAUGAUGAAGGGUGAAAGUAGCACUACUCUACUUUUAAUUCUGUAAUGUGUUAUACAAAGUAUGUCCAGUCCCAUUCAAAAUGCCCAAGUAUUAUCUCUAUCAAAUGAACAUGUUCUCAACUUCUCACUCUCAGGCGUAGGUUCUGACUCAUAUUUAUUGGUCGGUUUAUAUCUCAAGACUCAGAGUUGCUUAAAAUCCAUUUGUGAUUUAAGGUUUUUGCUAAACUGUUCAUUUGCACAAAAUAGCUUCUGAACUACACUACAUGACCAAAAGUA